AUGACGAUGAAGAUGGAUUUGAGUUUGGGGGGGGGGUCUGACGGUGGGGAAAAAGGUGGAAGGGAUUUUGUUGAUGGUAAGGGAUCGAGUGGUGCAAAAGACCUGGGAGAUGGUGGCCCGAGAGGGCAACCUGCCGCGGAUGACUUCUUGGGUAAAGAGUUUGCCACAAAGGAGGAUGCUUAUGCUGCAUACAAGGAGUUCGCCAGAUUCAGGGGUUUUGGAGUUCAGAAGGAAGAUGUAGCCCGUGUUAAUAGGGUUUUGCAUAACGUGUGGCCGGUAAGAACCAUCUUCGAUGAACACAACCACGAUCUUGCCCCAGUAACGUUUACACAUCUCCUUCCUAGUCACCGGAAGAUGAGUGACGGCGACAAGGCACAGGUGGAUAGUUUGAAGCAGUUUGGGAUCCCGACUUCGAAGAUAAUGGCGUACAUGGCCGGGCAGUCUGGCGGGUAUGGUAUGCUUCGAUUUAUAAAGCAAGAUUUGUAUAAUUAUGUGCAUAGGCAAAGGGUUGUGCGAAUAUGUGAUGGUGAUGCAGGAGCAAGCAUCAGUUACUUGGAAGGUAAGACGAAUGCCGACAUGAUAACAGCUGUACACUACACACGCACCGCGGACAACCGUUUGGGUAGUUUAUUCUGGGCCGAUGGUGAGAUGAUGUCGGAUUAUCAAUUAUUUGGGAAUGUGUUAGCAUUCGAUUCCACCUACCGCUCUAACAAGUACAGGAAGCCACUGGUGGUUUUUUCUGGGUCAAAUCAUCACAAACAAACAUCAAUUUUUGGCUUUGCGUUGGUUGAGGAUGAAGAGUUUCGCACGUACAGGUGGUUGUUGUUGAACCUAUUGGAUGUAAUAGGACAGAAGAAACCGUGUGGUGGUCACAGAUGGGGACAAGGCGAUGCGCACGGCAAAUACGGAGGUGCUGCCGAUGGCGACACAUAG